AUAGAUUUAAGCGCGCCCGCAUGGAACGCGUCUAUCGACGCGACGGAGGGCCCCCUUUUGAGUUGAGGCAGAAGCACCAAAAACCACAAGCCAGACCGCCCUCUACUAAAUUGUCAAUUGAUGACCUAUUUCACUCAGCUGUCCGUCAUUUUGGACUCGAAUAGACCAGUGUAUCGGUCAACAAAGCCAAUUCACAGAUCACCUCUGCAGCCUUUCGCAUCUGCUCGCAUUGUUUACCUUCCCAUCCACCGAUUCCGAGAAAUCUUCAAUAAUGCCUGGCGUCGUCGAUGGGCGCUCGAGAAAGCGCCAUCUCCCAGGCGUCCUAAGAGAGGAUUCUGACGACGAGCUGGGAACAGAAGACCUUCCGUGGGAAUGGAUUUAUGCCAACGAGCCAGACACUGAGGAAAACAAUGGGAGGAAACGAAAACGAGCUACGUGGCAAGAUGGCCAGAUUAUUGGCGCUCGUAAUGGCAAUUUCGAGUGCUAUUUGGGAGAUACGAUGCUGCUGAAGGCCGAUAGCUCCAACGAAGCCUGGGUUGGCAUAAUAUGCGAGUUCCAGGAGGACGAGGAGGGCGAGAUGGCCGCCAACUUCAUGUGGUUCUCGUCGCCAAACGAGAUUCGCAGCGCAAAGAAGAGGACGGAUUAUGUGGAGAACGAGCUCUACAUCACCACCUCGUUCGAUGUCAACGCCUUGUCGACCAUCAAUGGCAAGGCCCAUGUUAUGUCGCAGCAAGCCUUCAUGAACGAAUUCCCAACAGGCAAAGUGCCACGCAAAUCCAAGGAGUAUGGAAAAGUAUUUGUUUGCCGAAGGGGCUGCAACACCAGAACAUGCACCUACACCGAGGAGUUCAUCUGGGAGGAUAUCUACCACGGUAGGGAAGACCUCGAGGCUCUCCAGGAGCGGCUUCAGAAGGAGACCAAGGCAACUCGGAAAAAGAAGCCUGCGAAAGACGAAUCCCCUGAGCGAGACUACAAGUUUGAGGCCGACCCAGAAGCAGAUGGAGAAUAUGCCCCUGGCGUCUACCGCACCCCAAAGAAGGCUCGUAUCAGGGACGCCGUCACCCCCAGCAGCCGACACAAAAAGACAGGCAACAAACCGGCAACCCCCUCCUCCCACCGCCGCAUCGUCGUCAAAAAGCACCUUGAAUUCACACCCCUAGCCACCCGAGUCCUCUCUCCUAUGCACGUUCACGCCUCCCCAUAUCAGGUAGCCCGCACCCAGCUCCACGUCGCUUCAGUUCCCACCAGUCUACCAUGUCGCGAAUCCGAGUUCAGUCUCGUCUAUUCGCACCUCGAAGCUGCCAUCACCGACGGCUCCGGAACCUGCAUCUACAUCUCUGGUACUCCGGGUACAGGCAAAACCGCCACCGUGCGCGAGGUAGUUUCCCACCUCGAUGCCGCCGUCCGCGCCGACGAGCUCGAUGACUUUAUCUUUGUCGAGAUCAACGGCAUGAAAAUCACCGACCCCCAUCAAUCUUACGCCUUGCUGUGGGAAGCCCUCAAAGGCCAGCGCGUUUCCCCGGCCCAAGCCCUCGACCUUCUGGAGCGAGAAUUCAGCCACCCCUCCCCCCGUCGUGUGCCCUGCGUGGUGUUGAUGGACGAACUCGACCAGCUGGUGACCAAAAACCAGGGCGUCAUGUACAACUUUUUCAACUGGCCCGGCCUCCGCCACUCCAGGCUCAUCGUCCUGGCGGUAGCCAACACGAUGGACUUGCCCGAACGAACCCUCUCCAACAAAAUCAGCUCCCGUCUUGGUUUGACGCGUAUCACGUUCCCGGGGUACAACCACGAACAGCUCAUGCGCAUCGUCCAGUCUCGCCUGGAAGGUGUCCCAGGUGACAUCGUGGACCCGGAUGCAAUCCAAUUCGCGGCGAGGAAGGUAGCUGCCGUCAGCGGUGACGCCCGCCGGGCUCUGGAUAUCUGUCGACGAGCGGUCGAACUGGCGGAAGCAGACGCGAAAGUUAAUGACCUUUCCGACGAUGCCACGCCAAACACGCCGACGAAAACCCCCGCGAGGAAGAAGGACGAAUCGCCCCAGAAAAAGAAGAAGAGUUCUUCUGGGAGGGUAACGAUCGAGACUGUCCGAAGAGCUAUCAACGAGGCCACUUCCAACCCGCUGCAGCAAUAUCUCCGCUCUUUGCCCUUUGCCUCGAAACUUUUGUUGACGGCGCUGUGCUUACGGAUUCAGAGGACGGGGUUGGCGGAGAGUACGUUUGGGGAUGUGCUCGAGGAGAUGCAGCGGAUGCUCAAGCUGACGGUCAAUGAGUCUCGGCCGUUGAAGUUAUUGGAGAAAAGGGCUACAGGGCAGAAGGGGGAAGGGGCAGACGAUGGAACAGGGUUGAUGAUUACAAAGGGGAAGCAGACGGGGCAGUUGAUCAGACCGGCUGGGUUGGGUUCUGCUGCUGUUGAUCUUACCGGGGCCGGGAUUAUCAAUCUGGAGGGGCAGAGGCCGGAGAGGCCGAGCAAAAUGAGGCUGGCGGUGGGGGAUGAAGAGGUUAGGUUGGCGUUUAGGGAUGAUCCUGAGAUUAAAGGGGUGGGUGUGAUGCUUUAA